AUGGCGGCCGCCGGCCUGCCCGAUAUAGAGGCACAUCUAUCCCAAAUAAAAACGCGCUCCAUCGAGAAAACGCUACUCCCACUCAUCAAGCAGAUUAGCAGCCUGGUGGCGACUCGGGGAGAGGCAGCCGCAGGGGGCGCGGCGGUGCAGCGUGUAGGUGCCGCUGUCUGCUGUGCUGUCGAGAGAUUUGUGGCCGUUGGUGAAACUAUAGCUGACGAUAAUCCCGACGUUCGACACAGUAUGGUGCUUGCUUGCAAAGAAGCCAGGGCUGCAGGUCGGGCAAUAGAGCGGGUGUGUACAGGAGCAGAUGGUUCUGGCAUGAUAUCGGCAGCUCGAGCCUUACUUGCCUCUGUUACACGGGUACUACUUUUGGCCGACAUGGUUGUUGUAAGGCAACUGCUGCUGGCUAAGGAUAAGGUUGCGCGAUCGUUGGAUCGUUUAGAGUCUGUGUCAAACUUUGCUGAAUUCGUUCGUGCAUUCACUGAGUUUGGAGGAGGUAUGGUGGAGUUAGCGAGGCUGACAGCAGAGAGGCGAGCAGACCUCAGGGAUGAGAGAAGAAGAGCACAAGUAGCCGCUGCCAGAAAACGUUCUGGAACGUUCAACACUGAUGCUCCUCACAUCGUCUAA